AUGCCGGGACCGGAUGGUGCGCCCGUGGACAUUCCCGUGGACAUCUCGCGACCCAAUCCAAACGGAGAGGAGUUUGACUGUUUGUACCUAGAUAUGAAUGGUAUUGUACAUCCAUGUACGCAUCCGGAGGGCAAGUCACCUCCAGAAACGGAGGAAGAGAUGAUGGCCGAGGUGUUCAAAUACACUGAGCGUGUUGUGAACAUGAUUCGACCACGGAAGCUACUCAUGAUGGCGAUCGACGGUGUCGCUCCGCGCGCUAAAAUGAACCAGCAGCGCUCCCGAAGGUUCCGCUCGGCUCAGGAUGCAAAGAUCCUGCAGGACCAGCGCGAGGAGGAGUUGGAAGAGCGCCGGAAGAGAGGGCAGGCCUCGGAGGACGAAGUCGUGAAGAAGUCGUGGGACUCCAAUGCGAUCACGCCAGGCACCCCCUUUAUGGACCUUCUGGCAUCCUCGCUGCGCUAUUGGAUCGCACAAAAGCUCAACACGGAUCCCGGGUGGAAAAAUCUGUGUGUCGUCCUCUCAGAUGCGAGCGUGCCUGGUGAGGGUGAGCACAAGAUUAUGGACUAUAUCCGCCGCAAGCGCAGUGACCCUAACCACGACCCUAACAUGAAGCAUGUUAUCUAUGGACUCGAUGCCGAUUUGAUCAUGCUUUCCCUAGCGACACAUGAACCUCACUUCAAGGUGCUCCGAGAAGAUGUGUUUGCGCAGGAUUCGAAAAACAAGGGCUGUCACCGCUGUGGUCAAGAAGGGCAUUUUGCUGCGAACUGCAAAGGAGAACCGCCGAAAGAGGUUAAAUCGUCGGGUAAGAAGCCUUUCAUCUUCCUGGAUGUCCCUACGCUGCGUGAGUACUUGGCCGUUGAGCUGCAAACGCCGAGCACAUCGUUCCCGUUCGAUUUGGAGCGUGCGAUCGACGACUGGGUCUUUUUGAUAUUUUUUGUCGGUAACGAUUUUUUGCCUCACUUGCCCAGUCUUGAGAUCCGUGAGGGAGCCAUUGACACGCUGCUCAGAAUCUGGAAGCGGGAGUUGCCCCGCAUGACGGGCUACGUUACGAACAAUGGACGCGUCGAGCUGGAAAAUGCACAGUUUAUCCUCGAUGGCCUUGCGCAAGCUGAAGAUGAUAUAUUCCGCAAGCGCAAAGAGACAGAAGAGCGGCAAGAGGCCAACAAGCGGCGCCAUGCAUCGUCCAACUACCGUGACGUGCAGCAUGGUGAUACGACUUAUGUUGAGGUAAAGAAAGCUGCGCCAGCCUCUAAGGCACUUCCGCCUCAGCCCCAGGGUACUACGAAGCCUGUACCCGGUGCCCGCCAUGGCAAGGGCCCGGUUAUGAUGGCCGAAGAUAGCAUGGAUGUUGUAAAACACCGUGCACAGAUUCGCAUGGCCAACAUCAGUGCCGCAGAGGAAAUGCGAGCAGAGCUGCAGGGAAAGAAGAACGCAAAGCGCACAUCGGAUGAACAGGAUGGCGUACGGAAGCGCACUAAGGCAGAUCCUGAUGCCUCGGCAGAAUCUACUGUAUUCAAGCUCGAUGAAGAGGUCCCCGCGAACGACACGGUGCCUCGAGUCGAGCGGGCCAAGUCACUGGCAUCGGCCACAGAGGGUGGUAAGCCCGUACUAGUAAAGCCUGCUGUGGAUGCACCGGCUGACAUCAAGACGGAAGAAACGGCCGACUCGGCGAGCCAAAUCGAGCCCAAGGUGGAAGAAAGCAACGAGUCGCUCCGAGAAGAGGAUGAUUCCAUUGAAGACGACGACGAUGACGUGCCGCCCGAAACCAAGCAGCUGGAACGCAAGGUUAAUGCAGACGGCACAGUCGACUACGAAGAUACGGUGAAGCUUUGGGAGCCUGGGUACCGUGAGCGCUACUACCGCCAAAAGUUUGGUGUAGAACUCUCGGAUACCAAGUUCCGCCGUGAAGUCGUGCAGGCCUAUGUGGAAGGGCUGUGCUGGGUUUUGGCAUACUACUAUCAAGGCUGCCCAUCGUGGAAAUGGUACUACCCCUACCACUAUGCCCCUUUUGCUGCUGAUUUUACUGAUGUAGCGUCCCUGGAGAUCAAGUUUGCUGACAGCAAGCCAUUUCGCCCUUUCGAGCAACUGAUGGGCGUACUUCCAGCAGCAAGUAAGAGCAACUUGCCGGAGCCAUUCCAGUGGCUGAUGACGAAUGAGGAGUCGGAAAUUCUUGACUUUUACCCAAAGGAAUUUUCAAUCGAUAUGAACGGGAAAAAAAUGGCAUGGCAAGGAGUCGCGCUGUUGCCGUUCAUUGAUGAGACCCGGCUUCUUACGGCCCUUAAGCAGAGAUACGACCAGCUCACAGACGAUGAGGUCCGGCGCAACUCAUUCGGUCGGAAUGUGCUAUUUGUUGGUAAGGAUGCGGAUCUAUUCCCAGUGGUCAGUCGCCUGUAUACGAAAAGAAGUGAAGGGCGUGCUGAGCCUAUCGACACCUCUCGCAUAAGCCAGAUGGCUGGAUCGCUUACCGCGGAUUCGGCGUGUGUGCCUGGGUCCACGUACUACUCGCCCCUGACGUCGCUGCCGGAUAUGAAGGAUAUUCCGAACGAUAAGAGCAUAUCUGCGCAUUAUGACUUUCCCGAGCAAAUCACGCCUCAUAGGAGCACCCUGCUACGAGGGGUACGCUUACCCUCUCGCCGCUUGACACCUGCUGAUCAGGACUGGGUCAUGCGCGGAGGACGUGGUGGUUAUGGCGGUGGCGGUCGCGGUCCGCGUGGAAGGCGCGAUGGCUGGGGAGAUCAGGGUGUCAUGUAUGGUCGCGAUGCACGACCAAGCAACUCGCUUGGCGCGGUGGGCCCUACGGCGCCGGACCCUACGGCGCCGGACCCUACGGGGGCUACGGCAGCUCUACUGGCCCUUACGGCGCUGGACCCUAUGGCGGCGGCCCUUACGGCGGAAACAGUUUCUCCUAUGGUGCGCCAACAUCCUAUGGAGCUGGCCCCUAUGGCGGGUACGGAGCCUAUGGGCAACCUGCGUACAACUCGUUUGGACAGCCUUAUGCUGCAUACGCUCAAGGACCACAGGCGCAACCACCCAUGA